AAGAUGUAUUCGUCCUAGAAUUUGCAUCACUAGUUCUAUCAGAGCUUACCAGAGAACCGCUCGGUUGCGAACAACUGGUGUCUGCCAAUAUCCUAAACAGCCUUUUCUCGAGGAUGAAGAACAGUCUUGACCCUGAUGUGCAGAAGAAUUGCCUGCAGGCCCUCAGCAACCUACUAGACGACCCGCUCUGUGCUUCAGAAGUAACCACGAACAAGCAAUUCAGUUGGCCCUCACUCCUAGCACUGAUAAAAAGCAAAUACCUGGCCAUACAACAUGCAGCAUUUAGGACGGUGGAUCAGCUGAUAUGUCGGUACAAUGAUGAGAUAGUGCAGAAGACUUUUAGAUCUUCCACGGGGGUGUUGGAUCUUUGUGAUAUUUUAGAGUCGUACGAGUUCCACGACGUUCACGCGGUGGUGUUAAACAUUCUCAAAAACUACGUCGAAACCGAAGAGAACGCGUCUCAUAUAUACGAGUCCGGGUGUAUUCUGCGGCUGCAUGCAUACUUGGAGAUGGCGCUGCCGUCGAUGAAGCCCUACUGCUUGGCUGUGCUCACCAAGAUAUCCUUCUCUUCUAGCGGCAGAGACGCUCUAUACCAGACGGGAACAGACCUGGUCUUCUGCCACCAACUCCUCGGAUCCAACGUGGGUCUGCUGGCUGAUGCGGCGAUGGGAGUCGCCAACAUGACCAAGCUGUUGCCUUCAGCAGUGCGCAUGUCGGACACAAACGUUAUCGAGGCCCUUUGUGCGAUACUAAGCGACGUCUCAGCGGUGGCGUUCUACAUCCGGAUGAACACGCUGCGGGCUCUGGCCGCCCUCUGUCUGAAGAUCCCGAAGGCGGCAUACAGUCUCGUGGAGCCGAAGACGUUUGCAGCUCUGAGGAAUAUUAACAAAAAGUUUAAAGACAACCCAAUAGAAGCACAGCGUCUGGCGGUGCAGUGCUACAUUAAUCUCCAGACUUACCACGUGAGCACGAAGGCCAUGCUCAAUGUCGACUUCGUUCAAGAGAUGAUCAACAUCUUGCAGCGCAUUGACAUCAAUUUGAAGAAGAUGGCUUGCAACGUGCUAACCGGUCUCAUGGUCGAGCCAGUCGCAAAAGACUUGUUCACCCGCUGCAAGGGCGAGGAGGUGGUGUCAACGAAUCUGCACAUCAAACACGUCGGGUUUAACACGGCGUUGUGCACGCUCAUCACGGCCAGCGUGACGGAUGAAGGAGCAGAUGUGUAUCUACAACUCGGCACUGUGCAUUUUAUGGUUGAAAACCGUUUAACAAGAAACGUGGUGAGCGCCUGGGAGCCCGCCUUAGAGGCGAUCUUCCGGCACCAUCCCUCAGCUAAGCUGGCCUAUACUGGACGGCUGGAUUUAAACGACUUUACUCGGGACGGUUUCUACGUCCAAAAGCGACAGUCCACUCCGUUCCCCACCAUCCAGCAGUUGAUGGACAAACCCCCGCCUCACGAGGACCCCGUGUUCAUAUCCCUGUUCCAACCCCCAGUCUCCGAACCCGGGGUCGCUUCUGGCAUCGAUUUCGGACAACAUCAGUUCCGCGGUAAAUCGUCGUCGAUUAUGACGGCCUCCUCGAUGAGGACGAGGCCGCCGCUCCCCGAUGAUAUCAACUUACGAGGAUAUAUUCUGCAGCAGCGGCUGUGGUUUGGCGACCCAACAAAAUCUCUACGAUAUAUCGAGAUGGAAGACGCGCACUAUGAAGUGAGAUAUCGAGACAAAUGCGACGAAGUUUCCACGUCCCUAAAGGAAAGAGCGCAGUUGCUAGCCGAAUUUGUGGUGGAGCAGAUGAGUGGAACAAGCCAGGAGAAGGAUUGUACCAUGCCCUCUGUGGCCCUGCACCUGUCGGACUUAAUGAAUGACCUGGAUUCUUGUGUGAUAGGCCUGGGAUGGGUCCGCUGCGGUGGCGCGUUGGAGAGAGCAGUUUUAUACAAGGUGUUGGCUGACCGUAUCGGCUUGCCGUGUGCGCUACACAGGCGAAGCAGCGCGCAUGCGUGGUGCGAAGUCGCCGUUCCUGAGCUGGAUCCGGACAACAAUAUGAAACAAGAGAACUACCCUGCAGGCUUACUGCGCGCCAACUACGUGGUGGACCUGAUGGUGAAACAGGGGCGGCUAUUGCCGCGAGGGGGGGUGGACGCGAGACGUGUGUGCGGGUGUGAUCCUUCGCAGCCCCUUUAUACGUCGCACGCGGCUAUGCCAUGCUUCUGCAAGCCGGAGACUCGAUAGAUAAUCUUAUAAAUGAGAAUGUUACCCAAAAACAUCUCGAAAUGUUGACCCUUCGCAACCCAGUUUUAAUUUAUAAAGCGCGCGCGGUAACGGGAUGCUUACCUACUCUGUCAGCCGGAGAGUCGCUAAAUAAUCUUCGAAACGAAAAUGUUAACGGAAAACGACUGUCAUUUUAUUGUAAAAACGAAAUUAGAGUUAGAUCAAGAAAAGUCUGCAUAGAUUUUGAUAGCCCACGCAGUCCAAGUGUUAUUUGAAACGUCAAACUUUUAUAAAAUUAUAACGUAUAAAUAACACUUGCACUGCGUGGGCUAUCAAAAUCGCUGCAGACUUCUCUUGGUCUAACUAUAAUGAAUGUCCCGGAAGGACGAUUCCCUACAACCGAUAACAUCCUCAUACAGAUUAAUUGGGAUGACACAAAUGUUGAAUUUUAUAACAAAAUCUAGUUAGUAAAUGAGCAAUUUAUCACAAUAAAUUGUGCGCUAAAAAUAUAAUACGGAAAUGAUAAUAUACCUAUUCUAAAAACCAACCGGAUCGACUGAUAUCAUUGAUCAAAGUAUUAGGUCUUAUCGAAUUUAUUCGAAAUUUUGUAUUAAUCAUAUUUGAUUAAUUUCUUAAUUUUCAUUCUUUUAUUUUUGACGUCUCCUUUAAAUUGAUUAAUAUCUUAGUACUUAAUACAAUAUCAAUUUUAAGUUUCUAUUUUAAUUUUUGUAUGUUUCAAAGCUUUUAUAAGCCGAUGCUCGAUUUAAAUAAAUACAAUUAAAAAAAUUAUUCAUUUUAUACUUCUUUCGUUUAUAUUUAUAUUUAAGUUUCGUUUUUAAUUAGUUUUAUGUUGUUUGUUUUAUUUUAAUUAUGAAAUAAAUUUGUAUUCCCUAUUACAAAAUUACAAUUGAUAAAAACUUGUCAUCUAGCUCAUUAUUGCAUGUUUCAUUGUUGCUCGUUAUCAAGAAGAAAAAUGUGGUCAAAUAAAAAAAGUGGAAAGUAUAUUAUUUGACAGUAUAGUAAAACAUCCUCUAAGAACAAAUUAAAUAACUUUCCUAUGAAAAUAUUUUACAUUGUGUUUUUUUUUACAACUAGUCACAACUAUUUAAACUAUAAACCAUCCUUCC